AUGGUUUUGGAUUUGAGGGAUUUCCUCCUCCGAGCAAAAGUGCUUAAGCUUUACCGACAAGCUCUUAGGACUGUUCGGAGAGCUCCGAUCGACGCCAGAGGUGAUUCUCAGCAACUUAAAUUUUCCAUUGAUUAUGGUUUCACGGAACAUAUUCGUGCUGAGUUAAGAGGUAUAAUUAGACAAGAAAUAGAGAACAACAGAAAUUGCCAUGACAAGCAGAAGAUACGAUUUUUUAUGAGUGAUGGACUACAGAGAUUGAAAGUCUUGGACGAGACACUAGAUAUGCAAGGUCGCUGCUAG